AUGGGUCGCCAAUUCUUUGUCGGAGGUAACUUCAAGAUGAACGGAUCGAUCAAGUCGGUCACCGAGAUCAUCGAUAACCUCAACAAGGCCAAGCUUGAUGAGAACGCCGAGGUUGUAAUCGCUCCUCCCUCGCUUUACCUCCUUCUCGCCCGCGAACACCUCCGCAAGGGCAUUGAAGUUGCCGCUCAGAACGUCUUCGACAAGCCCAACGGCGCUUUUACUGGCGAGAUCUCCGCUCAACAACUGAAGGAGAGCGGCAUUACCUGGACUCUCAUCGGCCACUCCGAGAGGAGAGUGAUCCUCCAGGAGGACGAUGCGUUCGUCGCAAGCAAGACCAAGGCGGCGAUCGAUGGCGGACUGGGAGUCAUCCUGUGCUGCGGUGAGAGCUUGGAGCAGCGCGAGGCGGGCAAGACCAUUGAGGUUGUGACGACCCAGCUCAAGGCCGUUGCGGACAAGGUCAAGGAUUGGUCGAAGAUCGUCAUCGCCUACGAGCCUAUCUGGGCUAUUGGCACUGGCAAGGUCGCUACCACCGAGCAGGCACAGGAAGUUCACGCUGCGAUCCGUGAGUGGUUGAAGAAGGACGUCUCCUCCGAGGCCGCAGACAAGACCCGCAUCCUCUACGGUGGCAGUGUCACCGAGAAGAACAGCCCUGAGUUGGCGAAGCAGGCUGACAUUGACGGCUUCCUCGUUGGCGGUGCUAGCUUGAAGCCCGCUUUCAUCGACAUCAUCAACUCCAACUCUGCCUGA